AACCUUGAAAAAACCUGGUUAAAACCACUUCCUAUAUUUGAGACAAGAGAAGAGACUGUUAGGCACAAUUUCCUGGCUGAAUAAAGCUUUUAGAAAGCAAGUCCUGAGUAUCACAGAGACUGGAGGGGCCAGCGGGGACGACACCCCGGAUGGAUGGAUCGUUUCAUCCCGUCCUUCCAGCACAAUGCUAACAAGAGGCUGACAGGAAACCCAGCACUCUGAAGAGAAAGACCUUCUCUUCACUGCCCCUGAGGAGGCAGCCUAUCCCAGGUGCCUGGAAGAUGGAGCCGAGCUUACUGAUGUGGAGAUUCUUCACUCUCUUUUUGGUAACUGACUGCCUGGAAGAGUUUUGUAUUUCUAAACCACCGAAGCUCAGACAUGCCACUUUCAAAGCCCUCACGUACAAAAUGGGCACCCUCGUCAACUGUGAAUGCAAGAAAGGCUUCCGCAGAAUGAAGAGAGGGUCGCUUUUUCUGCAGUGUAUGGGAAACUCUAGCCACUCUUCCUGGAAAAACCAGUGUCAGUGCAAAAGCACUUCCUCUACAGACAAAGGAAAACAAGUAACUCCUAAACCUGAAGAACAGAAGGAAAGAAACACCACAGACAUGCAAAGCCAAAUGCAGCCCACGGACCAAGUUCCCUUUCUAGGUCACUGCAGGGAGCCUCCACCGUGGGAACAUGAAGCUUCGGAGAGAAUUUACCAUUUCAUGGUGGGGCAGACAAUUCACUACGAGUGCGUCCAGGGGUUCAGGGCCCUCCAGGGAGGUCCUGCCAAGAGCAUCUGCAAAAUGAUCUGUGGGAAGGUGGAGUGGACACAGCCCCAGCUCAAGUGCAUAAAUGAAAGUCAGUUCCCAGGUGACCAAGAGCCUCAAGCAAGCAUGGAUACUCCUUCUGGGAGUGAAACUUCCUGUCCCUUAACAACAACAGGCACUACUACAGAUUUUCAAAAACAUACAGAAGUGGCUACGACCAUGGAGCCAGUCAUAUUCACCAUUGAGUAUCAGAUGACAGUGGCCUUCUGCGUUCUCCUGCUGAUCAGUGUCCUCCUUCUGAGUGGGCUCUCCUGGCAGCGGAGAUGGAGGAAGAGUAGAAGAACAAUCUAGAAAGCCAAGAAUGGCAAGAAGCCAAGAACAGCCCAAAGAAGUCAUGAAGCAGCAGCAAAAUCAAAGAAGUUAAACACUCACCCAAAUGGCAUUUCGUGUGACACCCUUGGGUUUUGGAAAGCUCUGAAGUCACAUCACAGAACACCAGGCAACUGCAGCCCGCUCUGUAGAAUCAAUGCGUGAGCGCAACCUACUUCUAAGUAGCAAUUCCAAGGUCACUGGAAGAACAAGGAGGAACAAUCAGAAUUCUCAGUCUUAUUUUCGUGUACCUGUGUUUAUUAAAGCUUGACCAACAAGGAACUCUCUCCACACCCUAUAGACUAUAAAGAAAAUAACUGAAUGUUAAUUUCAUCCCAACUCCCCGGUUUAGAAAUCCUAAAGAAACCCCACUACUAAGGUAAACAGACUGCCUCUCUCUCUCUCUCUCUCUCUCUCUCUCUCUCCCCAUCCCUCUCCUUCUCCUGUGUGAUGGGACCUUGUACCUUGAUCCACACAGAUCCUAUCCCAGACUCUGGUAGACUCCCCCAUUCUCCUGGUCGUGUUCCUUAAUGAAUGCCCUCUGAGAAUUCUAGACGGGUAAUUUAAAGGGAUCUUUCUGUCCUUAGCUCAGUCCUCUAAACUAGCCCCAUUCCACUGAACCUUAAAUUUUGAAUUUCUAAAGAACGGAGGCCACGGCAGAAUUAUGUUUGGAUGACACCCAAACAGGGCAACCAAACCCUUGGAAUUGUAGAGCUUCAAUAUUUGAAUGGAUUUUACUGAAUUUAAUGUCGGGAAAAGAAGGAUAAACUAUCGUAGGUCCCAGGUAACGAAUUACACCUAUGAAAAAGCUUCACUUACCCAUUACUACAUAACAGGCUCUUUAAGAGUUAGUUUCUUUGCAGUUGCUGUAAAUGAUACUCUGAACUUAGCUUGCAUGUAUUUGAUGUUUAUAGACAGAUACAUGAUGUGCAAAUUUGUACAUUUCCAAGUAAGUGUCAUAAAAACACCAGUAAGGGAUCAACGCAUUCAAUGUUUAUGGAAAGGAAAGAAAGAAGAAAGCGAGGAGAGUAUGCUGACCAGCUGUAACCAGGGAAAAGAUCCCACCAGUGGUCCUCACACUUAGCAAAAUGUUUAACAAAUCAGAAUCACCUGGAGGCCUCGUUAAAACACAUGUGGCUGGACCCAUCUCCAGAGUUUCUGAGUCAGCAGGUCUGGGCUGGGCCUGAGAAUUUAUGUCUCUGACAAGUUUAGGUGAUGCUGAUGGUUCUGGUCCCAGUAACAUACUUUGAGAACCACUGCGUUAUACUUCUCCAUUCCCACCGACCCUCAAGUCCUACUGGAAAACUCAGCUUGAGUGCUGGGAUUUCAAUGAAGGUUCUUGUACAGCCUCUAGCAGAAGAUCUCUGUUCUCAAAUCAGCUGACUCAGACAUCCCAGUUGAACAAAACCACAUGACGAGGAUAUUAAUGAAAAGUUUAAACCAGCAGCCAGUUUUCAUUUCUGAAAGGACAGGAAAGUGUUAUGAAAAAAAUGGGCAGGUGUCAGCAGGUUCAUAUCCAGAUUAAAGAACCAUUUUCUGUCCUUUCUACGGCCAACCAAGUAAAAUCCAGAUUCCAUUGUCAACAGCCCCCGACAACCUGCCCCAACUGUAUGUUUUCCAGUUAAAGAAAAGUUGAGAGGAAUCUCAGACCAGAAAAAAACUUUUUCAAAAACCUCACUUGAGUAAAACGGAAUUGAAUUAUCAUUACUCAUUUUGGGGGAGGAAGGACUAUGACAUCAAUCUUGUUUUAAUAGGAUGUUUAUUUACCUUUUUCACUCUCAUUCUUUUACAAGUGUAUGGUGUUUUCCAGAA